AUGCUAUUUCUCUGCACGGAAGAGAACUGUCUGCCAGGACUGAGGCUAGGAUUAAUUGACAAACUCGAAUACUGUAUCGUCAUUCAAAUUUUAGCAGUUGUGAGCAUCAUAUUUGCACAAACACACCCAGCAUCCAUCUCAAAUCUUGAACUGGCUUCCAACAUAUACGGACGAUCGGAUAUUUCGAUAAACAUCAAUUUUGAAAUGCAAAUCCAGAAUUAUACGCAACCAACCCUCAUCAGGGAUCAUUUGGCCCUCAUUUUGCUGUUGCUUUGUGCAUCGACAACCUUAAUAUCAGCUACAGAUUCCACCGCUAACAAGGUUGUUGAUUAUGACGUCCAAUUCAAAGAGUCUGGAACUCAGUACACCGAGAAAAUCCAGGUGGACACAAAUAAACAAACUGAAUUGUUUAAAGUUCCUGCUCAUAAUGACGUGGAUGGAAGCAAUAUAUUGCACGACUUCAAGGCGAAUAUGAGUAUGCUGAUGUUACCAGACAAAAAGAUCUGCUAUCUUCUUCCUCUUUCCCGCGAGUUGCCUUCGCCAAAGAAGCUCGAAAAUGACCUUGACCACGCCGAGAAAAACUCUAGUGACGAGACCACUACCAUUGACAGCAAGUGGGCUGUGGACAGUGAGAUAACAAAUCGAUCCAGUCUGAGCGAAGAGUUAAAAAAAUUCUGUCCAGACUACCCGAUAUAUCGAGUCCACACCAUGGAGAACGCAUCUGCAUCCGAAGAGACUGAAACAGAUGGAGCAAAACCUCGAAGUCGUCGAUGGGUGUACUCGCCAAUUUACACCUACAGAGUGUGUCCAGGUGGAAAAGGCUAUUUGAGCUACUCCGACAGGUCUUGUUGCAGUAGGGUUGGUGGAUACUGGCAGUUGCAUCAUAGGGUUUACUCUCAUACAUGCUAUUCUGUCCGCUAUUGUUACAGGUGGUGGUGGUUCGGGUAUACUUGCCGAACACAGCACUACGUAAACUACGUGUAUUGUUACGAAUAUAAAUGUAGGGUCUACUAA